AUGGCCGAAUCCCAACGUCCAUAUCCCUCCAUAAAACUCCCACCGCCCUUAACAUCCGAAGAAGUCAUCGAAGCACUAAAAAACGAAAUCAGAUUCCCACGGGGGAUAGGUCGCUCCGAAACGAAUCUACACGGAUUUUCAACGGCGGAUGGGUAUAUAUCCAAUAAUUAUAACGAUUUUCCUUCCAGAUCCAGAUCCAGAACACCCGGUACUAGUCCACUUAAUAACAGCAGCAGCAUUAUUAGUAGUAGUAGUAAUAAUACUAGUAGUAAUCCUAAUAUCGAUGCGAACCAGUUUUACAAACUAGUUUCGGGAAAAACGUCGGAUCCUAAUGAUACUCGUUAUAAGGAAUCUGCUUGGGAUCGACGGGUAACAAGGUCGGGUUUUAGGACUGAUGAUAAUAAUAAUGGAUUAGAUAGGGAUUUUGCAAAGCUUCGGGUGGAAGAUCAUCCUCCUCCUCAUCUUCAUCAUCCUCAUCAUCCUCAUUGUAUUAAAAGUCAAAAAGCAGCAGAAAAAGAAGAAUUCGCGGAAAAAAGACGUCAAGAAUGUUAUCUACCUUCCAGCCUAACAUUCGGAAUGCACGCACCGAGUGUAGAACAUACCAGCCAAAAUUCAGCGUCAAUAUUAACAACGACAUCAGCUAACCUACUCCCGGAUGCAUCCCUCUCCUUAUUAUUCAACGAAAUCACUUUUAUUCAUGAGAAUUUUCGUAUCCACCCUAUGUCGCCGCUUACUCGUCAGAUGUUCGAGGGGAGGGGGUAUAAACCUACCAGUGAGUUUAUAGUUGAGGAUGAUGCUGAACUUGUACAGGUCAUCAGGACUGAGAAUGGUUGGUGGUCGUGGGAUUUGAAGGGGGAGUAUGUAUGUUUUGUGACUGGCGACGAUGUAAGGUUUGCUCGCCUUUUGAGGGAUAAGGGAAAGAGGUGGGCGGAGGGCGUUGAAGGGGCGUGGAGGGGGUCGUGA